AUGCGUUCUGCCAUCGCCAUCCUCUCCCUCGCCGCCUCGGCCUCCGCCGCCCUCGACGUCCGCGCCCUCCUCCCCCGCGCAACCGGUAUCUCAGGCUCCGACGCCAGCAAAUGCGCCUCCGAGGCCCUGAGCAUCGUCUCUUCCCUUCCCACGCCUCCUCCCGCCAUCGUCUCCGACCUGACCGAGCACCCGCAGACCGACCCCUGCAAGCUCAGCGUCGCCUCCAGCCUCAGCGCUGACUACUCCUCCUACGAGGCAAAGGUGCUGUCCUGGUUCAGCAGCCACAAGGACGAGCUGACCUCGCUGGCGUCUGACUGCUCUGCCCUGGCCUCCUACACCAGCCUCGUGCCCGUCUGCAGCAACAGCCUGCUCGCUGCCGCCGGUGCUACUGGUACUGCUACCUCUGGUGUUGCUGCUCCUACUGGCUCUGGCGCCUCCAAGUCUUCUGGCGUUCCCAAGUCUGGCAUCAGCACGGCCGGUGGUGCUCGUGAGACUGGAAUGGGUCUUGCUGUCCUCGCCGCUGCUGGUCUUGCUGCUGUCCUGUAA